CAAAGGAUGAAGUUCUGAUUUUAGAACACGAGCGAAGGGCGUGAAGAGGGGGAGCGGUGGCCCUGGCCUACAACAAUAUCACAUCGAGAGACGUGGUAUUCAUCCACGGAAGGGCCGUCGGACGGUGGCCGAGGUAAGAAGUCCGCUGAGUUGAGCGGCCAUGGCUGCCUCUCUCGCAGUAACGAGCGGGCAGGGGUUGUGUCGCAAGAACGACGGUCGCUCUCUCCGACACCCCGUCGUGCGCUUUUCCAGAUCAACCCUCUCCGUCGCCGCCGCUUGCAGCGGCGAGACUCAGGCCCAGAGGAAGGAGCCCUCUUCUUCCGCAUCAGUUGGUCGGAGAGAAGUUAUCCUGAGGAGCAGCGAAAUGGCCGUCCUCGCUGCCAUCUUUCAUUUCAGCGGGACAAGACCCAACUACCUUGGGGUACAGAAGAAUCCUCCAUCUCUAGCACUCUGUCCCGCUACCAAAAACUGCAUUACCACAACAGAGGAGCUCAAUGAUCCUGCCCACUUCGCACCUCCAUGGAACUACAAUCCUGAGAAUGGACGUGGAAGCAAAAAUCCUGUCACUAGAGAAGUAGCCAUGGCUGAGCUUCUUCAAGUGAUAGAAUCAACGAAACCAGACAAUUUUACUCCUCAUGUCACUGAAAAGAAGGAUGAUUACGUCCGAGUGGAGUACGAGAGUCCCAUCUUUGGCUUUGUAGACGACGUGGAAUUCUGGUUCCCACCUGGGAAGAAAUCUGUUGUGGAGUAUCGAUCAGCAUCAAGGCUGGGAAGUUACGAUUUUGAUGCUAAUCGAAAAAGAAUCAAGACAUUGCGUUUGGCAUUGGAGAAGAAGGGCUGGGCUUCCCAAGGUUUCUGAACUAGCGGUCUCCUUCACAUGCCAGCGUUCGAUCGUCUUCCAAGGAAAUGAAACAGCAGCGUAUGGAGAUGAACGGCGAAUAAAUGGAAAGCAGUUCGUUGAUUUUUGAAUUUUUUCCUCUCUUCUCUUUGUUCUCUCGUCUUCUGUCAUCUAUGUAUUUAUUAGAAAGUUGUCCUCUACAGAUAAAAAGAACAUCAUCUCUGCAUUCUUUUAUCUCUAAUCACAUCUUGUCAUUUGACCUAUCGAGAUUAACAUAACUGGUCGGGCUGGAUGACGAGUAAUGGUGUUUGUUUGAUUCCUGGAGUGGUUACUCUCUUGAUGGCAUUGAGAGAAGUGUUGCAAGAUUUGUGGAAGAAGAUUGGUGCUGCCCAAAAUACCAAAUCAACUAUAUUCUGCUGUUACGAUGAGAUUGUGCAUCAUCAAGAGAAAAUGAAAGAAAUCUUCUUUAAUUUUUUGGAAAGAUUAGAUAACCGUUCUCUUGGUUAUCGUCUCAUUCAAAUGUAUAAAAACCCUCUUUCUCUCUUGGAUUGUAUGUAUGGGAAGACAAAUAAAAUAGCAGCCUUUUUCUUCCUCA